GGGCGGAGCGCGAGGGGCGGCCAGGGCCGCGGCGCCUCUUUGGAGGAAGCGGAGGCAGCGGGAGGAGCAGGUGGGACCUCGGGGCUGCUUUGCCUGUCGUCCCUCUGGGUCCCGGCCGUCACCCGGGGGUCCGCGAGGCCUCGGUGACCCUCGGCUCCGGGCGCGGGGCGGGCGGCGGCACCGGGCCCAUGGCCCCCGCGGCGGCGCCGUCUUCCUUGGCCGUCAGAGCCUGGAGCCCGGCCGCGGUCCCCAGCGCGUACGCGGCCUUCUGCAAGGGGCUCUCCCGCACGCUGCUCGCCUUCUUCGAGCUGGCCUGGCAGCUGCGCAUGAACUUCCCGUACUUCUACGUCGCGGGCUCGGUGAUCCUCAACAUCCGCCUGCAGGUACACAUUUAAAGCCGGGACUAAGCUGCGGGACUCCGGAGCCGGCAUGAUGGCCGACUCCCAGGCGCCCCCGCGGCGUCGCGGAGCUGAGGGCGACGAACCCGGCGGUCUCGCGAGAGUGACCGGCGCACUGCGCGCCUGCGCCCUGGGCUCCCUGCCGAGCUCCCCGGAGGGUGGCGGACGGGCGGGCGACGGGGACUAGGGAGAGCAAGUGCGCGAUGGCGGCGGCGGAGGACCACCGUCAACACCCGCGAAAAUGUUUAAGAAGCUGUGCAUCCUUGAAACAAACGCUGGACGAUUUUCAGGAUGUGACAAAGGACACAGGAUGCAUUAGUAAAAGAAAGGAUAAAAUUUCCAGUUAAAAAAAAAAAUCACUAAACGUUGGGAAUGUUGGAUUGGAAGGAAGACUUGAAUGAGGCAGAAGCUGAAGGUACAAAGGUUCGGAUGUGGAAGGCAUGUUUUUCAUCAUCCCACAAUAGAAAACAAUGAUAUAAUCAGAAUCUUUCAGUGAAAAACAAAACAAAACUCUGCAGGAAAAGGAUCCGCCAAACACCAGCCAUAAAAUGCUGCAUGAUUUUGAACAAAUGGUGGGAGUGCAAAAAAAGGGACUCUCUUUCAAAUGUCCGUAUGAGCAGUUCGGGGAUCAAGACCUUGGAGCCAAAGACAAGGGAAUCCAGUCAUAGCUCAGAACUUGGCUGUUCAGUGAAUAACGUUUAAAUAAUCAUAACAAUGCAAGUGGUGUUUAUGGUUUUCAUGUUUUAAGGGAAUACUCAAUUAUGGUUGCAAAGUAAAAUACAGAUGUGAUGUGAUGUGAUGUAAAAAUACAGGUGACAAGUGGGAAGGUUGAAGGAGGGAGAAGAAAGUGAAUGGGACGGUUCUAGUGUCCUUAUAAAGUGAGAAAUUAAGAGAUAUACUCUGCUGUUGAGGGGGCAAAAGACAUUUUAUUACUCACAGGGUAGCCAUAAGGUUUCUAAAACAGUAACAUCAUUAUAUUAAAGAAGGAGGGUGCUAAGGGAGAACAGCAUGAAGUUAAAAGGAAAUGCUAAAGAUGGAGAGCUCAGGUGGGAUGUGUCAAAAAGGAAAACUGAUAAAGUGCCUGGUGUAUUUGAAUAUAGACCUCAGAUUUUUCGUUUUUCAGAGAAUCUGGGGAUGAAUUAGAGUUCUGCAGGUUUUACAAAAUUGAGAAAACAAGACAGGUAAUUAUGAACCCAGAAAAAAUAAAAAAAUUCAAAAACUACACUGCAUACCUCAAAUGUGAAAAAUACCAGUCGUGUAAAUUAGUUAAAAAUAUGUAAGUACUGAAUACUGAUUUAACAAGAAGUAAUUAUGUAACACUAGGAAGAUGGGAGAGGAGAGACAGGUGUGUAAUGGUGGUGAAUCGAUCAAGAUCUAAUAAUUAAAAGUCUAGAAAAAGCAAUAUAAACAUGUUUUCCAGAAAAGACUACAAUUAGAAACAGCUGAGAGUUAAAAGUGGUCUCAGGAGAAAGGAAAUCAGGAAUGGGUAGAGAAAAGGCAAAGGCUUGCUGUUUUUCACUACCACUCUAACAGUAUUAUUUCUUUUUAACUAUGUAUAUGUUUUUCUUUGAUUAAAAACUAAAUGUUUUAAUUUUUAAAA